GGGAUUUGCUCCUCUCCAACUCCUUCCCUGAACCGGCUGUAACUGGUCCAGCUGGACCUCCGGGCCCAACCGGUCCUCCAGGACCUGCUGGGAAACCAGGUUCUCCAGGGCGUGACGGGGAGGGUUUACACCAGCUCCGAGAGGCUUUGAAGAUUUUAGCAGAAAGGGUUUUAAUCUUGGAGGCCAUGAUUGGGCUGCAUGAAAGCAGUCUUUAUUUUCAUCCGAGUAGUCUUCUACUUACAUCCAUUUGCUUAAUGACCACUCUGAGUUCCAACAACAUCGCAAAACGUGACUUACAGCUGUUCCUCACGCUUACAACCGUUGCGGCAUUCCCGCAGGUGUGCGAUUGUGAUCCAGGCACUUGGCAACUGGAAUGCAUAUAGGAUUAGUUGCGUUAGCCAAGGCUGAAUAAGAUUACCUUUUAACCAAUUCCGUUGUAUACAUGAUGUACAAUGACAAUAAAGGCUAUGCUA